UGCAACCAAGCAACGCAGCCAACACCUUUCCGAGCCUCGCUCGCCCCUUCGGCCCUUAUUUGGAGACCGCGCGCGCUCCGGGCCCCAGUGCUCCCCCGCCAGAGCCGGGGACCGGUGCUCGUGCCUUUAUUUGGAAUGGAGCGGAAGAGCGCGCGCGUUCCCCUUGGAUUGUUUCGUCAGACGCAUCAAUCACAGAGCCCGGAGCGCGAGCAGGGCUGCGGCUGUGUGAGAGACGCGAGCUUGGACGAAAGGCGGCGGGACCUGUACCAUCUGUAGAUACAAACUGCUCCGCAUACGGCAGAAUAUCCAUAAUGUCAGAGUUGGAAGACUUGGUGGAACGUUUGGAGAAGUCUGUCGAAAGACUGGAAUUAGCAUCUUUAAAAGUACCAGGUGUUCUGACCCCGGGAUCUGAUGCAGUGAAUGGAGACAAUGGAAAUGUGGCACCAUAUGUGGAAGCUUUCGAUGUAAUGCUGAUGGGGGCUGUUGCAGACUAUAUGAAGCACAGCAAGAUCCUUGGGGAAGAUGUGGAGCAGCAUGCAAAGAUGUUUAAGGCAGCUUUUGAUACCCAGAGAAAUUUCCUGUUGAUGGCCUGUAAGCACCAGCAGCCCCUGGAGAAUGAGAUGAGUGUGCUCCUCAAGCCCAUGUCUGACAAAAUGCAGGAGAUUCAGGACUUCCGGGAGAAGAACCGUGGUAGCAGGAUGUUCAACCACCUGUCAGCUGUUAGUGAAAGCAUCGCAGCACUGGGGUGGGUUGCAGUGACCCCUAAGCCAGGUCCUUUUGUUAAGGAGAUGAAUGAUGCUGCCACCUUCUAUACUAACAGAGUAUUAAAGGAGUUUAAGGACAUUGACAAGAGACAUGUAGAAUGGGUCAAAUCCUUUCUCGGUAUCUGGACAGAACUUCAGGCUUACAUCAAGGAGUACCACACCACUGGGCUCUCGUGGAAUAAGGCUGGCCUCUCAACAUCUGCACCAUCUUCUGGUGCUUGUCCCCUGGCUCCACCUCCUCCUCCUCCUGGACCCCCUCCUAUCCUGCCAUCAGAAACACCAAAGGAUGAGGCGCGUUCCCAACUGUUUGCUCAACUUAACCAAGGGGAAGGCAUUACUAAAGGUCUUCGCCAUGUUGCUGAUGACCAGAAGACUCACAAGAAUCCGAAUCUUCGUUCGCAGAGUGGGCCUGUCAAUUCACCAUCAAAGACUUGCUUGGCUAGUCCUACAUCUCCCAUGUCUCCUCUGCAACAGCCAAGAACACCUGUACUGGAGUUAGAAGGAAAGAAGUGGAGAGUGGAAUAUCAAGAGAAUGAAAAAAGCCUAGUCAUUUCUGAGGCAGAACUGAAACAUGUUGCCUACGUCUACAAGUGUAAUAACUCCGUGCUGAAAAUUCAAGGCAAAAUCAAUUCCAUUACAAUUGAUUCCUGUAAAAAGCUUGGCCUUGUGUUUGAAAACGUGGUGGGAAUAGUUGAAAUCAUCAAUUCACGGAAUGUGGAAAUUCAGGUGAUGGGCAAAGUACCAACUAUAUCUAUCAAUAAAACAGAAGGCUGCCACAUAUACCUCAGUGAAGAGUCAUUAGGAUGCGAGAUUAUCAGUGCCAAGUCUUCUGAAAUGAACAUCCUAAUUCCUCAAGGCGAAGAUUAUAAAGAAUAUCCGGUUCCUGAACAGUUUAAGACCACAUGGGAUGGGACAAAGCUGUGUACUGAAGCAGCAGAAAAUGUUGGCUAACUGUUCAUUCUAUGAGCUGUUCCACAAUUCACAUGUGGUAUUCUAGAGUUACAAAUCACCAUAAUGCAAUUUUACACUUUGUGCAACCAUAGCAUACAAUACUACAGUAGUCAGACACCUUGCAGUAACUGCUUUACAAGUAGGGGUGCAAUGAUUGGCAGUCUUACUGACUCUGUAUGUCUUUAGUAACACAAGAGUUACAACACAUGUACAUAUGAGUGUAAUUGCCACCUUUGUACUUAUUGUGCUUAGUUUGACAACAUUUCACCUAGUUCUUUCAUCAGUUUAAAUAACAGUAUUUCAGUUCAUUUGAGAAUUAGUCAUUGCAACCCUUUGUUAUGGUGAGUUAUAUAAUUGUGCAUCUCAUUUUCUGCUGUUCUUUUUAAACAGGGAAAAAAGCCAGACUUGUCCUUUUUUUUUAAACAAAAUGUCUCAAUUGAAGUUUAGUCCAAAGUCAGCAGGAACUCCUGCAGGAAUAGUUUCAGGUAAAGUUCCAUACAUCUCCCUUUGUACUUAAGUAAAAUUGUGCCAUCACUACAUGACAGUCUGCUUUAUUUUCUUGGUCGAACUACAUGUUAUUUUGGAGAGUAACUGAACAUCAGAUUAUGGUUUUUAAAUCAACCUUUUUGUUUUACACAAUAUGUUUGGUUUUCUCAGUUUUGAUUCAUCUAUUAACAUUAGAUUUUUGCCCAACAAUAUCAAACCUCAAUUCUUAUCAGGGAGAAGGAUUCUUCAUUUACAUAAUGAAGCUAACAUCUGCCUUUACGUAAGGUGUCAGUAUAAAGUGAUGUAAGCAGAAGCAAGUGUAAUAGUAGCUGUUAAAUCUUUCUCUUCCCAUGCUCCAAGCUUUAUUUUGAAAUAGCCUAACCCUUUAAAUAACUCUAGAGUAUAGUUCAGAGUUUCACACUUGUGGAGAUUUGUAUUGUUCAAUGUUUUAUAUAUGCAGCAAUUGGGUCCUGGUAGUGAUAUUACAAUGUAAUGACUUGCUUAAAUCUACAUUAAGCAGGACCACAAUGUGCUCACACAUCACAGCAGCAAGAUUAAUGUAAACUUUUACUGUUCAGAGUUCCAAAGUUUGUCCUUGACAUUAUCUUAGUGUAGAAAAUGGAUACAGUCUGUUGCGAUGUAGUAUUGCGGUUGUUACUGUUAAUCACAUUGAGGGAUUAGUUACUGUAAUUUACAAUAUCACUAGAUGGUUUAAAGACUUGUCACACAAGGGGGAUGUCCUGAAAAUAAAAGUGGAAGUGUU